GUAUAUAUGCACUUACUUAAACAGAAAUGUAAUCAAGAGCGUCCAAGUGAUUGCUACGAAAUGUUCAAAAUAAUAAUAAUUUUCACUGCUGGUGUUGUGGCGUCAGUGCCAACAAUAAAAACAAAAGAAGAUGUAAGGAUCGUUGGCGGAGAAGAUAUAGAGAUAACAUCAGCACCGUAUCAGAUAUCGCUAGUGAAAUAUGGUAGACAUUCGUGUGGAGGAUCUAUAAUUGCUGUUGAUACGAUUAUAACAGCAGCACAUUGCGUUAUCAAUUCCGCUCCUCAAGAAUAUUCAGUCCGUGUUGGUUCAUCGUCAUACGAGAAAGGCGGAAAACUUUAUCCAGUGAGUGAUUUACUCUGGCAUCCAAAUUUCACUUACAACAAAAUGGACAGCGACGUAGCAAUAAUCUCACUAUCUAGACCUUUAAUAUUCAACGACGGUAUCGCUCCUAUUGACCUGAUAAAUAAAGACGAAGAAAUUGAAGACGGCGAUAUGACAAUGGUAUCUGGAUGGGGAAAUUUGCGAGAAGGUGGUGGCUAUCCUACAAAAUUACAAAUGGUACUCGUACCAAAGGUGAAUUCAAAUGAAUGCAGUAAAGCUUACUCGCCGAUGUAUAACAUAACGUCAACUAUGCUGUGCGCUGGAGUACCCGAAGGUGGCAAAGAUGCGUGUCAAGGCGACAGCGGUGGUCCAAUGGUCCACAAUGGAAGGUUAGUUGGCGUUGUAUCGUGGGGUUUGGGCUGCGCUCGACCUAACUUCCCGGGUGUCUACGCUAAGGUGUCUGCUCUUAGAGGCUGGAUUGAUGAGAGCGUAACAUAUUUACGUCGUAAACAUUUAUUUAGACCGUUCCCAUUUCUUGUAUUAGAUAAGUUAUUUAAAUUAUAGACAUUUGAUUAACAUAAUGAUUCAAUUUACGUCACGUCAGACGUCACGUCUGUGGCCAUUUAUAGCGGGCGUAUACCUCUGACUAACCUAUCGCAUAACUGUUUUGCGACUGUCGAUUGUUUCGCAGCCAAGUCAACUGUUUAAUUGAACAACUAAAAAUCGAAUAAGCUCAUAGGAAUCAAAGCAAGACUAAACAGUUGUGCGAUAGUUUAGUUUCAGGUGUGCGUAUGCUCAAUAUUAUUCUGAAAGAAAUGAUAAACGUUUAUUCGACAAAAAAUUCUAUCAAUUAUAUAUUAAAUAAUAUUUAGAUAGUUAACUGGAUAUGC